CAAGUUGUUGCCAUCUCUAGUAAUGACUCGUUUGAAAGCAAGUAAGAGUGCCCAUCGAUGGAGAACAGGGCACAGCAGUAGCAGCAAUCCGAAAAUUUAUAAAUUUCGAAAUCAGGCGAAAUGUAGAGAGCUUGGAGGUCACGUGUCAUCAGCCAAAUCAUCAUCAGCUCUGACAGCGGAGGCAUUGGCUAGACACGAUGAUGGGUUGGAGUCAGACAUCACGAUGACAAAAGAAGAUGACCAGUUUACGAUGGAGGGCAAGAAGAGUGCGAGAAGUGCGUGGACGUUGGAGACAGAGUUUGCUGGCGGAACGUACAAUGGAACGGCAUUUCACUGUGUGCAGAGAUUGUGGAACUCGUCAUUAGCCAGUCAUAGACAGAUUUGUGCAGUAUUGGCUGCUGUUACUGAGGUUAUGAAGAGUCAAGGUGGCUCAAUGACUGACAAUGAGUAUUUUGCAGCAUUGAUGACAGCUCUUGAGUCUGCUGAAAAUGAGGAAAUUGCAACAGCUUUGGCAGUAUUGCUUAGCAUUGUCAUUGACAGGAUUUCUAACGUUGUUUUGAAGAGCAAGUUCUCACUUUGCAGUAAAGUUUUGAGCAACAAGUUGAGAGUUUACUCCUCAACUCAAACAUCAUCUUUACUGAAAUCGCUCGUGGUUUGUCUAGCAGCACUACUAGCCGCUCAAGAGAAAGCAGUGUGGUCUGAGUCGUCUACAGUCCAGAUGCUGCAUUCUUUGUUAAGCCAUACUGUGUCAUCUAAACCAAAGGUGAGAAAGGCAGCUCAACAAGCCAUUUGUAACUUAGUGAAACAUGCACCAAAGUCCAUUAUUUCAAGUGAGGUGGCUAGCUUUUGUGUUCAUGAACUGGAAAGACACGGAGGUUCUACUGAUUCAAGAAGAGCUGUUUAUACUUUAGCUCUUCUUCGAGGUGUAAUAGUGAUGCUUUCUCGACCAAAUUUGAAAUCAUCUUGUGAAUGCUUGCUUCGCCUCAUGACUCUUGGGAAUGCUGUUGUGAUGGGGUUAGUGAUGGAGGUCUUUGUGACCUUAUUUAGCAGUGAAUCUACAGACUUAACUGCUCGAGUUAAUGCUCAGUUGAUUAAUGCACUCAACGACUACCAGCCUAGUGUAAAGGACAUGCAGCCUUUACAGGCAUGGCUGAAUGUUGUGAAAAGUGCACAUGUCAAUUUGCAAAGACUAGAUUAUCAUCUUUGCUAUACUCAUCUUCCUCACUUCUUUUCCACGUGUGUAAAAUGCUUACUCUCACCUCAUGACAUGAUUAUACAAGUAGCAUCUGAAGCAAUGAAGGAUGUGUUGCUCAAGUGUGUUGCACCACAUGUGGAGAAAGUGGUGUUAGCAGCUGGUGGUAGUCUUAAAGGCAAAAAUAGCAUCUUGGAGAAAAUAUUCAGGUUAAUAGAAUCUGGUUUGAAAUAUCGUUAUCAUGCUGCAUGGUGUCAAGUGUUAGAGAUAAUUCAAAUUGCUUUCAACGUGAUGGGCAAGGCUUGCUCUGAUAUCAUUGUGCCUCAGGUUGUUAUGUCUUUGUGUAACCUCCAUGGAAUACCCAACUUCUCAUACAUUCCUCAACUUGAGGCUGCUGUUGGCGCUGCAGUACAAAGUGUUGGGCCAAGAUUGGUGUUGGAAGCUGUACCAUUGGAACUGGACAGAGACGAUGUAUCGUCAGAGUUUUCAAGGGCUUGGCUUCUUCCUGUGUUGAAGCGUUAUAUCCAACGGACAGAGUUAGACUAUUUUACUACAGUGUUGCUACCUCUAGCAGCUCGUCUUAGAAACAAAGCUGUGAUGCUGAGUAAUAGUCAUAGGAAGUUGGAAGCAAAAAUAUACAACACCCUUCAAUCACAGAUUUGGUUUGUGCUGCCAAGUUUUUGUAGGAAUCCAGUGGAUUUGAAGCAGUCAUUCAAGAACAUUGCUCAAAUUCUUGGAGUGGCUUUGAAUGAAAGACCUGAGCUGAGAAAUACUAUUUGCCAUGCUCUUUGUUUGCUCAUUGAGGGAAGUAGAGGCACUGAUGAACAAACUGUCCUCUCUCACUUUUCCAAGAAUUUCUUGCCUAUCCUUUUUAACCUGCACACAUCAGAACCUGAUUUAAUGACCAGUUCUCUCCUUUCCUGUGUUGCAGCUUUUCUGUCUGUAUCAGAUCAGCAGUUGGUCAAUUCAUUAUUUGGAAAAGUUGGUGUGAAAUUGACUUCAGAUAUCGAUAAAGCAACGAAGCAAGCUGUGAUGGAACUUGCAUUGCUGAUGGUGCCAUAUGUCAGUCAAAAGAGUCUUUCUAUGCUUUACAAAGCCAUUUCAGUACUGCUGGAGAGUGAUGACAAUGCAUUGCAGAAGAGAGCUUAUAAGAUUCUACAGCAGAUGUGUUCGUGUGAGAGUGACCAACAUCAGUCAUUUGUAGAAAACCAUUUGGAUGCAUUACAGACAAAACUUCUUACUUCUCUGUCAUCAGCAGCCACAUCAUCAAAGAGGGCUAGGUUGAAGUGUUUGUCAGCCAUUGUGCAUAGACUGAGGAAAGACGGAACAAACUUUAUUUCAUUGGUCACACCAGAAGUAAUAUUGUGCACAAAGGAAGUCAACGAAGGAGCAAGAACUGAAGCAUAUAGGCUUCUUGUAGAGCUAGCAAAUGCUCAAAAUCGCUGUUGUGAUGACACUUAUGAAGUUAACAUUACCCGGUAUUUUCAUUUGGUACUGGCCGGGUUAGCGGCUACGUCACCACACAUGCUAAGUGCAACAAUUUUGUCACUUGGCUGUCUAGCAUAUGAGUUUAAAGAUCUCCUGAGUCAUUCUAUGAUCCAGAAGCUUUUGAGUAGUAUGAAGGUGCUUCUUGCGUCACGUUCACGUGAAGUCAUUAAAGCAACUCUUGGCUUUAUAAAGGUGAUUAUAUCAAUUUUAGAACCGUCUGAUUUAAUGCCUCACGUACAAGAAUUGAUUUUCAAUAUGGUGUCAUGGAGCAAAGACACAAAGUAUCAUUUCAGACAACAAUCUCGUUUAGUUUUUCAGAGACUGGCUAGAAAGCUAGGAUAUGAAAUGAUAUUCAAUUUAGUUCCAGAGAGUCAUCGAAAACUAGUAGCUCAUGUUAGAAAGACGGCAGAACGAGCAAAGAGAAAGAAGGCCGGAAAGCAGGAAUCAAGAGAUAAGAAUGUGAUGCAAAGCUACGAGGAGAUACUGUGUAGUUCUGAAGAAGAAGAGCCAACAAGAACCAAGAAAUUUCAGAGUCGUAACGAACAAGCUGCUGGAAUUAAAGGAAAGAGAAAGAGCGACCAGCAAGCGUGGAUUCAAGAAGGACCGGAACAUGAACCCAUUGACUUGCUAGAUCGCAGUGUUGUUAAGAGAGUUGUUGCAACUGAUCCAUUUUUAAGUCAAACGAAGCCUCAGUUAGAACAGUUUGAAGAAAGCUCAGAUGGAAAAUUAAUCAUCAAAGAUGCGGAAAAUGACGUAGUGGAUGUGUCCUACUUUGGCAAUGUGGAAUCAAGUUCAAGAAUUUCUGACCGUAAAAGGAAGCGUACUAAGAGCGGAAGUGAAGAUGUGACCAUAGAUCUGAAGGAGACGGUAGCGAAGAGACCUUAUUUGGGAAUUCAUAGGACACUGCCAACAGGGCAAAUGAAGUUUCCGGAUUAUGGAGUCGAGUACAGAGCAAAGAAAGCCAAGGGAGAUAUAAAGUUGAAAGGGAAGUCUGAUCCCUACGCUUACGUUCCUUUCGAUUUUGGGAAACUGAACAAACGGAAACAAGCUAAACUUACUGGUCAGUUCCGCGGUGUUAUGUCGGCUGCUAGCAAAGGCGUUCAGCGCGCUCAGAAAAGUCGCACUCGGUCACAUAUCCGAAAGAAGCGUUCAAAGAGUCAAAGAUAGACGUCUAGAUGAAACUAUAUGUAAGUGUUUCAGACAUGCAUAAGUGACAGUAUCGAAUAGCCGUUACAGCGGUGUAACAUUCGAACUCAACUAUAGAGUCGCUAGCGCUAACCGUAUGGCUAUACAGUACGUACUUGCAUUGCAUGCAUGCUAGCUGUUAAUUGAUAUUGGAAAUGUGAAGAAAGAGAACUGCUGGAUAA